AUGGCCCAAACGGCAAGGCAACUCAGCGGUGUUACACUACGCAACGUUGCGCAGUUCAUAGAUUACAAUAAUGCCAACCGUCUGUCAAUCAUCAAACUUGUAUAUGCACCCGUUUUCGGCGAGCGCAGAUUAGGUUUUGCGACUUUGGAGUUGCGCAUGCGUUUAAAAGCUCGAAUUGGUGAUCGCAGCAGAUACAGAUGGCUAUAUGCGCGAAAUCGUAGCCGCAUACGCAAUUUCAUCUCGGGGCACCAUGGAGGGGGCGCCAGGUUGGGCCUGGCUGAGCAAAAAGGCAGAUUUUGGGCGAUCAUCAUGAAAAUCCACCAAAACUUGCCAGCAGCUUUAGAAUUAUAUUAUGAAUCAAAGAACCCCAGAGAUCCGCCUAAAACUGCGUACAGCCGGAGAAACAGCCUUCUGGGACGCACGAAAAACGGGCCUUUUCCAUGCCAUUUUAACGCGUGA